AUGUGGUUUAUUACUCUUUUGUUGAUGUUGUCGCUAACGGAGAACAGAUGUUUUGGAUGUUCGUGUUAUCCCCAAGAUCCUCUACCAGUGGCUUUCUGUAAAAGUAGUUUUGUUAUAAAAGCGAAACCUGUGAAGGUUGCACUCAAUCCACCUAUUGAAGGCGAUGUGUACAGCAGCGGUUUUAACCCUUGGAUCAAGAGAAUAUAUGACGUCAACGUCAUAGAAGUAUUUAAGACACCAGACAACGUUCACUUGAAACCAGGAGAUGUUAUACAAGCUAUUACUGAUCAUAUGGAUUCAUUGUGUGGAGGAUAUUUGGAAUUAGACACCGAACAACUAAUUUUAGGCGGAGUUAAUGAUGAUGGUCAGAUAACAUUUGAUGCAUGUUCCCACACGGAACCAAAUGGGGUUACACCUUCGCAGUUAGCAGGCAUGAGAAAAGACUACUUGACAAUGUGCUAUUAA